UAGUUUGGUUCUUUAGUUUUGUUUUGUUUUGGUUUUCAGUAUCUUCUGAAUAGUAAAAUUUUUCCGAAACGUUUUAGGACCAGAAGCUGUACAUGCUGCGUUGGCUGCCGUGCUUGCCAAUGACAUUGAGCUUUUGUUGUCCGCCAAUCGGGGUUAUGCACUAGAGGAGCGAAUCAAGCAGGCGAUAGUGUUGCAGAAAGUGACGGGUACUGAAGUGGAUGGCGAAUAUGAAAAGCUCUUGCACAGCUAUUGUGAAAAACUCAUAGAUGGAGGGGUAACGGAUGCUGCGUGGAGACUUCUGAGCAACUUCAAGACGAAGGACGAGCGUUUGCUGACUCUUCGCCACGACCUUUUUGUUAUAUGUGGAGGAGAAGAACGUACAAUGAGCAAGGAACCAGCAUUUCCUCGCUCGCAGCAAACUCAAGAGAUUGCCAACGCUCUAUCUCCGAGGCGAACUCAACAAAGAAACUCCAUAUUUGCUUCAUCGAGUGCACCAACCGCCCCAUACUAUGCGUCUUCGCAACAAAGACCAUCCGCUACCAUGCAACAUCCAGGAAUGCCACCGUUACCUACUGGACCAGCUGCACCACAAUAUUCCAACCCUUCUUACGGCGGCUAUGCUCCCACUCCUCCUCCGCCAUCUGUUCCUGGAAUGCCACCAAUUCCUGGAUAUCCACCAACAUCGAUGCAGUCUAUGUAUAAUCAAGCACCAGCA